GCUUAAUACUUUUAAAGGACAUAUAAUGAUGUGAUAUCUUCCUAUUCCUGUCGCUGGUGUCAUGUUCGCAAGCUCUUCUAGCGAUGCAGUUACCAAGCUCCUACAACCUGAUGGUGCCCUUGAUGUUUGCGCAGCAGCAGAGCAGUCAAUGAGGUACUCCAGUCCUGCAGGGGACGCUGUCAGCGCGGAUCACGGCGGAGUUGCAAUGCUAGUCCUCCAGCCUGGUGGGGCGCUGUUCUGACAGUUUUCGUCGAUUCGGCUGCAGUGGCGGUGCAGAAAGUGUAAUGGCGGAAUCGUUGUGAUUCCGUUUCAGAGAGUAACUGUACCCGUUAGAAAAGGAACAAAUCCAGCUUCCCUUCCUCUAGCCCUCUUCCUCCAUGGCGACGGUGGGAACCGAGCUGACCGGGAAGCGGCUGCUGUGCCUCUUCGGGGACUCGGCCACUGGUGGUGCUCGGCCCGGGUCUGGGCCGAGCCAACAACAACCCCCCUCUCUCCGGGAUCGCGACUGGCACGCUGGCCUCAUCCGGGCCGUCAUCUCAGGGCCCUCACUGACGGUGUAUGUUGAAUUUGAUGAUUCACGGUGGAAGAAGCAAGCCUGGGUGAAGGUUUAUGCUGAAGAUGUCCUUGUUUUCCUUGUGGAGCACACACUGGUGUGGGCACCCAGGAAGGAACCAGUAGUCCUACAGGGAGGAAGGAUUAAUGCUAACCAAUGGCCUGCAUUGACCUACAAGGCAGUGGUAGAUAAAAUAGGGUUGGGCUCCAUUGUUCCAGUUGAAUUCUUUGGUGACAGGGUAAAGAAUUUUGCCACAGAUGGUGCUGCCCUUCGCUUGUUUAAGGAGGAUUCUGAUUGCCAGAAUCCCAUUGUUCAGGAUAAUCCAAAGCUCCAGGAAUCAUUGAAAUCUUGGAUAAAAGAGAAGAAAAUUCAAGAAAUCAUUAGAGGUCCAUACAGUUUGCAGGGGCAUAGGGUAAAGAUCUACCAACCAGAUUCCUCGGAAGAGUGGAUCCUCGCAGUUGUUGCACAUCAUGACCCAAGUACACGCACCAUGGUGGUUACAACAGAACAGGAGCAGCUGAGAAAGACUAUUGAUCCUACGCGGAUUUACGUUACACUUGUGGAUGAAACACUCCAGUUAGUGAAAGGGGAAACCGGGAUACCAUCUAAAAGCUUUGGGACAAGUGAGAGCAAUGCAUUGAUGGUUGCUCAAAAGCAGGCUUCUCAAAACUCCAGAAACAGACGGAAGAAGGGAACUGAGGGCAGUCCGCCUUAUAGUCCAACUAAAGAAGCUGAUGAGAAGGAUAAAAAUAAAGAUAGUCGUAGAAGAAAAAAUGCAGCUGAUGGAGAGAAUGAACCUGCACAAAAAAAAGUGAAAGACAAAGAAGAAAUAGAGUCUGACAACAGCAGUGUAUGCUCAUUGGGUGCUGGAGGCAAUGGCCACAAUCUGCCAAAGAAUGACAACCCUGAUGUGGAACAAGGAAACUUUGACUCCAAGAGAAUUGGGGAUUUGUCCUGGGGAAAUGCCGAAGGUGCUUCAGAUCGAUCACGCUUUGUACCUCAGCCACAAGCUGGCUUGCGUUAUGCCACCUAUACCAAAGAGAAUGGCAGGACAUUAGUUGUCCAGGAUGAACCAAUACAUGGGAAGCCUUUUGUGCCAAUUGCUGCUGCUGGUGGUGCUGUACCUAGGCUAAGUGGAGUGCCAUUUUCCAAUGCAGAGUCUCUGAAUCCUCAGAGCAAAAAGGGUUUACCAACUUCUGAUUCUGGCAGGGCCUCUGAACGUACCGAUUUGUGGAGCCUUCAAUUUGUCCAAGAUUCAAUGAAUGCUGAUGUGAAAGCUUUUAUGGGGACUGGAUUGUCUGAACAUGGGAUAAAAGAAAACUUUGCUACUAAUUCAUUAUCCCAGCAAAGGUCACAGAAUAUAACACCUGAGUCCAAAAGUGAAAGUCCCACGUGCACUUUGGUAAAUCCAAGCAACUUCCCAGCACCACAGGAUCGGUUGCAGUCCACUUUGCGGGUAUUUGACUCCCGUCAAUCUUUCACAAACCCCAAUGAGGCACACAAUUUUGAUGGAAGUAAAAGCCUACAGGCAUCUAGUUCAGCUGCUCCUGGAUCGGAAAAUUCUUUGGGAAACUCUUCACCAUUGGAGUCUUCAACAGGACAGCAGACAAUGGCAUGUGGUACUCCUAAGGGGGAACCAUUGAAGAAAUGGUUUGGAGAUCCUAGCCAAACUCGAAAAGAAGGAGUUUCAACUGAAAAUGAAACCAUUCAAAUAUCGGAUAAGAAUCAAAUCUUUAUGGAAGAAUCAAAAAGAAAUGGUAAUGAGGGAACAAAUGGAACAUUUGUCCAAGAAAACAAGGCCUUUGGAUUUGGGUUUGGCAGGAAUGUGGCUGAUGUACCUGGCAAUAAAGCUGUACAGCUAGAACCAGACUCUCCAGAAACCCAGUUUGGUGCAACCAAUAUUGAGAUGCCAACCUUAUCUACCAGUCCACUGGGGAUCAGGUUUCAGGCCUUUCAAUCCCUAUUUCUAGUUCUGGUAACUCCAGACAAUCCACAUCUGCGAGUUUUCUCAGACCCUCCCAUUCUGGGAAAGCAACAGCAAGCUCCAUUUGCCUUCAGUUCAUCUGAUAACGGUGUUGAUGGUCCAUCCAGUCAGCAAUCUCAGUUUGAUCAGAGGAGAUUUUCCUUGGAUGAAAGGAGCUUGGGUAUCAAGCAGGAGUCAGACUCUGCUUCUGACAGCGAUUUAUCAGACCUCAGUGAUUCUGAGGUGCACAUGCGAUUGCAAUCAAAGACUGGUUUAAAAGGAUAUCUGUCUUAUGUGCAUGAAAGGAGGGAGCCAAAUGGUGAAGGGAAUAAAGAACAAAUAGGGAAGGGACGGGGCCGUGGGAGAGGGCGUCCCCGAGGAAGACCUCCAAAAAUUUCGGUGGAUCAGUCGGUUUUAAAGGAUGUAUGCAAGGUGAGAAAGCUGAAGCAGUCUGGAGAAUCCUUCCUCCAAGAUGGUUCCUGUAUCAAUGUUGCUCCACACCUUCACAAGUGCAGAGAAUGUCGCUUGGUGCGCUACAGAAAGUUUAAAGAUCAUGAUGAAUCAACGGUGUCCUGUCGCUUCUUCCACUUUAGAAAGCUAGCAUUUACGAGGACAGGUGUCCUACGUGUAGGAGGCUUUUUAAAUCCCAGACAGUGUGAUGCUGAAGCUCUGAGUCUUUGGAUUCCAUCGCGUACACCUGCUGAAGGCCUUGACCUGGAAACGUCCAAGUACAUCUUGGCAAAUGUCGGUGACCAAUUCUGUCAGCUGGUGAUGUCUGAGAAAGAAGCUAUGCUUCUGGUAGAACCACACCAGCAAUUAGCAUGGAAACGGGCGGUACGUGGUAUUCGAGAGAUGUGUGAUGCCUGUGAGACAACUCUCUUUAACAUCCACUGGGUCUGUCGCAAAUGUGGUUUUGGUGUAUGCCUCGAUUGCUACCGGAUGAGGAAGAGUCGCCCGCCACAAGUGGAUGAUGACAGUCUUGAAGAUGAAGUUUUCUCCUGGCUGAAAUGCGCUAAGGGUCAGACCCAUGACCCAGCGAAUCUAAUGCCAACGCAAAUUAUUCCCAGCACUGCUCUGUAUGAUAUUGGAGACAUGGUCCAUGCAACAAGGGGAAAAUGGGGUAUCAAAGCAAAUUGCCCUUGUAUUACCAAGCAGCUCAAGCCUUUACCCAAGCCAGCACCACCAAAUGGAGUAUCACAGCUUUCAAGCAGUCUUCCAAAUCCUGCUUCUGCAGUUAUUUCGAAUGAAGUGUCUAUAAGUGGUGGUGGCUCUGUGAUGUUACCUCAAUCAGAUGGCAUUUUACCAGAAGUGAAGCCAGAGUCAGCAGACAUAAGUAACUGUGAAGCUGGAGAAGGCAAUAACAUGAACCUGGGUGAUAAUAAUUGCAAUAACAUGAGCUUUGCAAGUGACAAUGAGGCAUUUUCCACCACCUCGACAUUGAAGGACACAACACUGAGUUCAGCAGACACUACAUCUGCAUUGCACUGGUUGGCUGACCUGGCCACACAGAAAGCUAAGGAGGAGAAGAAAGAAAGCAGUAAUUCUUCUUUGAGAUCUGUGCUGAGCCAAAGUCAAGACUCUAAGCCUCCCUUAGCUCUGGACUCAUUUAAUGCUUUGUCCAAGCCUCCCUCCAUUUUAGAACCCUUCAGCAGUCUUUUAUCUGGAGGCCCUUCAACAACUAAGACUGAAGGCUCAAGCCUUAGGGAUCUUCUAAAUUCUGCCCCAGGAAAAUUACAGCGAGGUGCUGCUGAGACCAGCCUUCCAUUUCCAUCAGUCUUCCCAUCUGUCCCAACAACUGAUAAGGGGAAGGGAGGGCUACCGAAUUUCCUGGAUCACAUAAUUGCAUCGGUAGUAGAAAACAAAAUGUCCACUGACACAUCAAAGCGAAGUGGGAAUCCUACAGAGACAAUGAAAGAGACCAAGAAGCAAGGUGUAAUGGAAAUGAGUGUUCUAGACCCAAACACACAACACUGCUGGCUCUGUGAUGGUCGGCUUCUCUGCCUGCAAGACCCCAGCAACAAAAAUAACUGGAAGAUCUUCAGGGAGUGCUGGAAACAGGGUCAGCCUGUGUUAGUAUCUGGUGUACAUAAGAAGCUGAACACAGCCCUCUGGAAACCUGAAGCUUUCAGCCAGGAGUUUGGAGACCAAGAAGUUGACCUAGUCAACUGUAGAAAUUGUGCUAUCAUCUCUGAUGUGAAAGUUCGGGACUUUUGGGAUGGUUUUGAGAUUAUUUCAAAACGUUUAAAAUCUGAGGAGGGGCAACCGAUGGUUUUGAAACUCAAAGAUUGGCCUCCGGGUGAAGAUUUUAGGGAUAUGAUGCCAACCAGGUUUGAUGACCUGAUGAACAACCUUCCUCUACCUGAGUACACAAAGAGAGAUGGGAGAUUAAAUCUGGCUUCAAGACUCCCAAACUACUUUGUGCGACCUGACCUUGGACCAAAGAUGUACAAUGCCUAUGGGUUAAUAACAACAGAAGAUCGGAAAGUUGGAACAACAAAUCUCCAUCUAGAUGUGUCUGAUGCAGUUAAUGUAAUGGUUUAUGUUGGUAUACCUAUAGGGGAGAACAACCAUGAAGAAGAUACAGAUAACAGUGGAGUAGCAGAGGUAAUGAAGACCAUCGAAGAAGGUGAUGUGGAUGAGGUGACAAAGAAAAGAAUCCACAAGAGCAAAGAGAAGGCAGGUGCACUCUGGCAUAUCUACGCAGCAAAAGAUGCUGAAAAGAUCAGAGAGCUGUUGAGAAAGGUGUCAGAAGAGCAAGGUCAAGAUAAUCCACCUGAUCACGACCCUAUUCACGACCAGAGCUGGUACCUGGACCAGGUCCUGCGGAAACGGCUGUAUGAGGAGUAUGGUGUGCAGGGCUGGGCCAUUGUACAAUUUUUGGGAGAUGCUGUCUUCAUCCCAGCUGGAGCACCUCACCAGGUACACAAUCUGUACAGUUGUAUCAAAGUAGCUGAAGACUUUGUGUCUCCAGAACAUGUCAAACACUGCUUCCGUCUUACUCAGGAAUUCAGGCACCUGUCGAACACUCACACCAACCAUGAAGAUAAAUUGCAGGUGAAGAACAUUAUCUACCAUGCUGUGAAAGAUGCUGUUGGGACUCUGAAGGCUGAGGAACCGAGACUGGGCAAGUCAUAGAGGAGCCUUGAAUGGAAAUCAGUGAUUCAGAGGAACUGUUCUGUAACAUACGCUCAUUAAGAAUUACAUGCAUUUAAAAAUGGAAAGGAUGUUUUGGUGGAAGUUAAGAUGUUCAAUAAAAGUUCACCACAUUAUCACAGUGGAAUGUAGUAUCAGCUCUGCUGUUUUCUGCAGCAAGCUAUAGGAACAGAAGAUUUGGGAGAGUGUCACAUUGUAGUUAGUUUCGCACUGAGUUAGUGGUUAUAUUUAAAAAAAAGUCCCUUUCCCCUUACUUUAUCCAUAUUCAUACAAAGCGCUGGGUUAAUGAAAAGUGAUCUUAUAGAAGUAGCAUAGCCCAUGGUUAUAACAUACUCGUUCCCAGAAAGAGGAGUAAGUUUAAAGGGACAGCAAGACUUUUCGUUGGCUCACAUUAACUAUGAUCAAGUGAUCCCUGGUUUUAUUUAAGUUUCAUUUUCUUAAAGAUCUUUACGCCAUUCCAGAGACUCAUCGUGACUGAGCUGUUUCUGCAUUGUACCUGGGCACUCAUAGUUACAGCCAGACCUUACUGGAAUCAAAAACUAACUGCUAAAUCAGGUGAAGAGAUAAGAGUUAACAUGUUACAAAUUAUAGUUUAGAAUAAUAUCUGGAUCACUCAUUAUCCAUUCCCUCCAGUCCCCAACUGCAAACAGAGGUGGGAGGCAGAAUUGGAUUUCUGGUUAAGUCUGUGGAUGUUAAAAUUUCAGAAAUGUAGAAAUGUCAGAAAUUAAUUUUGUUUCUUUCAUUUUCCAAGUUGGAUUUUUGUGUCUCAACUUCAUAUUUAAAAAGAACAGGUUAUUUUACUAUAUAAAGGAGCAAUCUCUUUCUGAAUAAAUCUUUUUGACAGGCCUGCUGCAGUCUUUUGCUUCACCUGGAAGCAUAAAUAAUGCUCCUUUUGAAGCAGGCAAGACAAAAAUGCCACACUUUUCUCUGUCAGUUUAUUUGCGAAGCAUGCUCCUAAUGUUUCUGUCAGCGAAAUGUUGUGCCAUGAAGAAUCUGGUCCUAUAGGCACAAGCAUGUUGUUUGAGUUCCUUUGUUUAAAGUUGAAAUUUAGUUGUGUCAUCUGGAGAAAUACCAGUUUCACUGUCAGACAUCAGACAGACAGUGAACUGGGCAGUAAGGAAAGAAUUAAGUGCACGUAAUUUGAGGGUUUGCCACAUGAAGAUCUUGAGUGACAAAACAAAAUCUCAAUACUAAACUGGAGUCAGCUGCUAUUAAGGUAAUACCUCUGAAUUGAUUUUUUUAAACUGUUAACUUGUGGAGAAAUAUUCAUGCAAUAUUGAUUAGCUGAAAACAUAUUAUGACCUCUUCAAUCCCCCAUGACCCCCUCAAAAAAUUAAUCUUAAUAUUUUGCAACAUAGAAGGAAGCCAUUCAGUCCAUCUAGUCGAUGCCAGUUUUUAGCUUGAUCCCACACUCAUUCCCCCUUUGUAUUCCCUGUAACCUAUUCUCUCUUACAUUCCCAUCAACUUCCCCCUGAUUCUCCUACCACCUACAACAUGUUUUUGUGAUAUGGAAGGAAACUGGUGCACCCAGCAGAAAGCUAUGUGGUCACACAAAAAACAUGCAAGCUCCACAUAGACAGCACUGUCAGUCAGUAUUGAACCCAGGGUGGCUGGAUCUGUGAGGCAUCAGCAUGACCUGCUACAGCAUCGUGCCUCCCUCCUUAGCUCCUGAGGCUUUCUGUGUUUGAUAUCAGCACAAUGGAGUAAAGAUAAGGAUGUCUAAACAUGCAUUUUGAACCAUACUGAACAAAAUAUGGUCAAAAUAUUUGAAACAGUCUAUCUCUCGUUGCUUCAUCUGAUUUCCACUGCAGAUCUAAUGCUAAACUGUGAGGAUUUAAGGUAAUACUUGGUGAUUAAAGUGGUCUUGGUCAAGCAGGGCUCCCCUUUAUCCACUUGUUUAGGCUAUAUGGAUGUGCAGUCUGAGAAGUAUUUCCAGUAUGUGAGCUGGUCUGAAUCUUUACCAAUAAUAGUUAUCAAAGGUUCAGUAUUGCUAAUAGUUUUCAAAGGCUUAAAAUUGCAAUAUCUUAAAUCUUUAAGGGGACUAUUAAGAACUUGAUGCAUCUUGAUUAAUUCUCCAGUCUUGCAAUGGUAUCAGUGUGGAAGCACUUUCUAAAACAAAGUUGAAAAUUCUUUUACCCCAGCAUUAGUAUUUUUGUUUUGUGAAUUGUUAGAACACAGGAUUUAUGAACUCUGAAAUCAGGGUGAUGAUACUUAGUUGUUCAAGGGUGUGAAUCAGUGAUUUUAUCCUGGAAAGUUAUGUUUUGUUUUGGUGCUGGCAGUUUCCACCUUGCCCUGUGCGUGAAUGGAAGAGUCUGAUUCAAACGUUCUGUUGAACAGAAGGGCAGAAACAUCUUCAACCUGGCAAGAGCCAGGAUGCAGAAUGGUGAGGGAGGUGGAGACUCAGAAUGCAAAUCUGAUUACCUGACCUAUACAUAUAAUGAAGUGAAAUGAGAUUAUUCACAGAUAAUUAUUUGCCGUGCCAGUCAAUUUAAAUCUUUGGCUUAUUGCAGUGUUUAUUCUGUAUGUGAUUGGAUUCCACUUGACACUUUGCCAAGAGUCAUGGAAAUAAUUGAGAAAUAUCUUAAGUUCUCAACAAUCUCCUUAAAAAUUGAAAAAAUAUGGAAUAUUUUACUUCCACAUGAGAAUUAUUCUUCACUUCCAUGUGGAAAUCCUGAACUUGACAAUGGAACAUAUUAGCAGGACAUUAUAGGGAUAUAACUUUUACCCUUUGUAUUCAGUUGCCUGUAAGCUCCAUCAAAAAAGGUUUUCCUUUUCCUGGAAAUGAUUUUUUUUUACCUUAAACACCACAAUGAAUAAGUCAACUCUGGGUCAGUGAGGUUCAGCAGUGUAGUAAUAUUUUGCACUAUUUACAACAUUUAUUGAAAGGAAAACACUGAAAAGUGUGCAGGUAACAAAAAAAAAUCACACUCAUUGGGGGAGAUUUUAAAGGUCUGCCACAUCUUCCAGUGUAUUUCUCCUACUUUUUAACUUCAUAGAGGGAAAGUGCAUUUGGCCAUGCCCUCUGCAGUCUUAAAACUUAGCCAGAUCUCAAAGGAAAAAUGAGCACAAAAUGUGGACAUUACCCUUGAAGAUACCAACUGUCAGCACAUGACAGACUUCCAGCUUUGGCAUUUGUUCAGAUUUAACAAUACCCACUGUUUUAUUUUUCCCAAACAGACUGCUUCCAGGAUUCAGUAUUUAAAACCAAAACUGUCUCUAGAAGUGUGUAUUUCAUUUUUUUUGGGCAGGUACCAUAGUACCAUUCGUAAAUCUGAUGUUUUUGUUGAUAUGUAAGCUGUUGUGACUUUUUAAUAAAAGGAUAAAAUGAAGAAAAAAAUCUGUCACAUAAUGUAGAAUACUUGUCUUCAUUUACUGCAAGCAUUUUGUGAAGGGCUGAUUUAGGUUUCAAUAUUCUUAUUA